ACGAUAUAAGCGCCUCCGCACUAGGGUUUCCUUCUCUUCCUACAAAGCCCUCGCCGCCGCCGCCGGCCCACACCACGCUCUAAACGUCUCAACCCCCCCCUCCCUCCCCUCCCCCGCCGUCGACCCCCCAGAUCCCCCGCCUCCAUGUCGACGGAGAAGAAGCAGCUGAACCCCAUGCGGGAGAUCAAGGUGCAAAAGCUCGUCCUCAACAUCUCCGUCGGCGAGAGCGGAGAUCGCCUCACCCGCGCCUCCAAGGUGCUGGAGCAGCUGAGUGGACAAUCACCCGUGUUCUCCAAGGCGAGGUACACUGUGAGGUCGUUCGGUAUCAGGCGUAAUGAGAAGAUUGCGUGCUACGUUACAGUCAGGGGUGAGAAGGCGAUGCAGCUGCUGGAGAGUGGCCUGAAGGUGAAGGAGUAUGAGCUUCUGAGGAGGAACUUCAGUGACACCGGGUGCUUUGGGUUUGGUAUCCAGGAGCACAUUGACCUUGGCAUGAAGUAUGACCCAUCUACUGGUAUCUAUGGUAUGGACUUCUACGUUGUUCUUGAGCGUGCUGGCUACCGUGUUUCCCGCCGCCGCAGAUGCAAGGCCCGCGUUGGGAUCCACCAGAGGGUCACCAAGGAGGACGCCAUGAAGUGGUUCCAGGUCAAAUACGAGGGUGUCAUCCUCAACAAGUCCCAUGCGAGCUAAGAAGAACACCAAGUUGAUUAAACUAGUGUUGAUGCUGGAUUUGUAUGUUUCUUAGAAACCAAAAUGCUUUGUCAGUUUUGCCUGUACUGAAGUUGGAUAUUUUCGGGUGGUCUGCACUUUCGUCUAAAAUGCUCACUUGUGUUUUAUCCUUGCAAGAAUAGAGAUAUAUGUUUGGCAUAUGGGAUAA